AAGGAAGGAGGUGAAGAACCUCCAAAAUUUUCAGCAGCCUUGCUGAACUGCAAUUCCCAUAAUCCUAACUUUAGGUGGAAGCCUUUUUAAAGCGGCAUAAACCCUAAAGCGGCAAGCCUGUUUCGUUGCGGUGUUGUCUGGCUGGCAGCGGUGACAAAUGGAAGUUAAAGCCAGGUGAAUGUAAAGAGAUGGUUUGGGGCAGGUCGGUGAGCAGAGGCUGCCUUAGCGGGAUUUCAGAGCUGAAUCCUUUGCUGCAAAGAAGUGAGUCAGAGAAAUAAUUAGCAUUGCACAGUCAGCAUUGAAAAAGAGGCAGGCUUCUUUACGGUGCCAAAGUACAAGAGGGGGGGGACAUUCCUUAUUUGUUAAACAUUUAAAGGCGCUGUAAUAAAUUCUUUCUCUGUCAAACAUUUAAGAACACGCAGACCAGCGUCCCUUGGAGCUUGCAGAAGGUACAAGCUGUGCUCCGUGGGACCAUGGCCACUCGUCUGUUUGAGGAUAGGGCUCACGCUGCUUUUUAUCAGAAAUACAGGUUUUCCCCACAGAAGAACCUACAGGGUGUGAUCUUCUCGUACCUGGAAGAAAAGAGAGUGAGCCCCGGGCAGCUGGCAGUGGACGUGGGUUGUGGCUCAGGCCAAAGCACUCGGAUGCUGGCAAAACAUUUUGAGAAGGUGGUCGGGACAGACAUCAGUGAAGCUCAGAUCGAGGAGGCCAGGAGAGCUCCACACCCGCCCAAUGUAUCUUAUCUGGUGUGCCCUGCCGAAGAGCUCCCUUUCGAAGACGGCUCUGUGGACCUGGUCACGGCGUUUGCGGCUGCCCACUGGUUUGACGGGCCUCGAUUUCUGAGGGAAGUGGACCGAGUUCUCAAGCCGUCAGGCUGUGUGGUCUUCAGCUCCUACAACUUGGACAUGCGGUUGUGUUACAAAGAUUGUUCAGAUGAGCUAACGGAGAUCUUCAGAGAGAUCCAAGCCCAGCUUUUCAGCUUUAGAAAUGAAAAGAUCGAAUUAGUUGAGAAUAAUUACCAAGAAAUCUUUGAUUCUUUGCCAUUUCAGGAGAAGAAGAGGAUGACGGAUAUUUUCGAUAAGAUUCCCCUGAGCGUUGCUGACGUAAUAGGAUUCAUCCAGUCACUCUCACCGUACCGACUUCAUCUGGAUACCCAGCCUGAAGAGGCGAAAUCACUUCUCCAAAACUCAGAGCGAAGGUGACAAAAUCUGUUCGCUGGAGUUUCUGGAGACGAUGGGUGUUUCUUCUCGGGAUACCCAGCUGGAGUUGCGCACGAAGCACGUUUGCAUCUUGGGCUGCAAGAGCUCCUGAGAAGAAUGUCAAUCUAAAUGCACAGGGCAGGGCACAUGCGUAGGAAAGCCAGAUUUGGACCCCAGCUCUAUCAGUCGCAGCAGGUGUGAUUCCAGCCAUCCAUUGAUUUCAAGGAGAGUGGGGAACUAGAUGCUAUCAAAGGGCCAGGAGCUUUCUGAAGCCAUUACUUCCUUGCAGCAGUGGCUAGUCUGUCUCCCUGGACCUUGUUCCAAAAGCUCUCUGCAAACGAUCCGUUUAGCCCACUGAUAAGAGCUGGCAAGCUGUUGGGUGGGGAGGAAGAGAAAAGGGCAUCAGGGAAACUCCCCCUGCCACCCACAUGUUGAAACAGAAAACAAGAGAGCUGGAACAGCGUUAGAACUCAGUCCUGGGUUCAACUCCCCAUUCAUCUAUUGAAGGUCACUGGGUGGCUACCUGUGAAACUGGAGGUCGGUGUCAUCUUUUACCUGCUCCUCUCAUGUGGAAUCCUGUGCACUGAAGUUUAUCAUGUUAAGAAUCUUUUCAUUUGGUAUCAUAAUAAAACAGAACUGAGUUGAAUAAUGAAUUCAUUAUUUUUAUUUGUUGUUUGUUUAUGGCUGAUAUAACUCUCAUAAAAUGAAAUCAGCUUAAAACCAUGACCUUAAGUCAAUUUUUUUUUAAAAAAAAUCCACAAUGAAUCUUGAAUUUCUGCUGCUGCUUUUAUUUGUCUAUUGGGCUCCAUUCUGUCCAUGGGAUGGGAAAGGUCGAAAGAGUUAAUUAAGGAAAGAAUCUCGGAUAUUGAUCGACAAAACAACUUAACCCGACUUUCCUUAAUACAUAGACAAUUGUAUGAGCAUCAAUCAAAUUAUCUAGCUAAUUAUUUAAAAACGUUAGAAAACCCGAGAUAUCGGUGGGCCUUCACUAGGGCUCGUUUCAAUGCUCUACCCUCGGCGUUGUUAACUGGUAGAUAUCCCCAGAUUCCAGUAGAACAGAGACUAUGUCCUUGUGAUAACAAGGAGAUUGAAUCUUUAAGUCAUGUCCUCCUCUAUUGCACAUUGUAUCGAGACAUGAGGAAGGAGAUAAUUGAUCCCUUGUUUAAAAACUUACCAGGCCGCUCAACAGAAAUGCUUACUAGAUACCUACUAGCGGAUUUUAAUCCAGACUGCACUAAGAAUGUAGCUAAAUUCUGUUACUACGCGUCAAGACUAAGACACGCCGUGACAUCAACCAAUAACAAUGAUAUAGCCGCCUUUUAAUUCGCAGCAAAUAAUAGUUAAAGGGAACAAUCCCUCAUUAAAUUUUCACCCAAUUUUAACUUAAAAAAGGAUUAUGA